AUGAGUCGAAAGGGGAAGGACGCAUGUAAUACGUCUUUGCAGCCUAAGUCACGGGCUGACGAUGCUUGGUGGGAUAUGCCACAGGUGUCUUUGCUUAUUGAAUUGAUGUAUGAGCAUUACAAGAAAGGACACCUCAUCUCAUCGACAUUUAGUGAGCAAAUUUGGCACGAGAUCGGGAUUGAAUUGUCCCAACGUAAUAAAACACAAUACACAGUUGCUCAGUUUAAAGGUAAGGCUAACAGGCUUCGAAUGCUUUGGCGUAAGUUUUAUGAUUUGGUGUACAAACGGACUGGUUUUGGUUGGGACCCAACAACGUGCACCGUGACUACCAGUGAGGAUCAUUGGCUUGAAUGGAUCGCGGUUAAUCCGAGAGAGUCUGGCUUGAAAAAGAAGGGUCUUCCUCAUUUUGAUUUAUGUACUGAGAUAUUCUCAUCUUCUGUGGCCACCGGCACAACAAGAGGCGUGCAGCGAAAAAGGGGGCAAAGUGAUCGGUUGAAGCGAAUUGAUGCCUGCAUUGAUGCUAUAACCGCUUGCAGUGAAGCCAAAACUCAGAAGCUGGCAAAAAUUUCCAAUGAUGAUAUUGAAGAGUGCAUGGCUACGCUGUCUAAAAUGGAGGGACUACUGCGGGAUUUAUUCUUUACAGCGUAA